GAUCCCUCUUUCGUCUCAAUCUCUUAAUCGUAUCCAUAAGAACGGGAAAACCUCAAGGAAACAAAGAAACCCUUAGCUUCAAGCUUCUUCUCUAACGAAAUCGAAAUCUCCCUUAGGUGCUUUUGUUUGCCGUUUUCCAGAACCGGCCAUUGAUAUGGCGCACGUGCUUUCUGCUUCGUGCCCUUCAAAUGUUUCGCUUACAAGCAGGACGUCUGCUCAGUCAUUCACUUUAGGGCAAACCCUUUGUCCUACCUUCUUCACUCCCCAAACCUCGACAUCUCCUUUCAGAGGACUGGUUUUACAAAUGAAGAAACUGAGAAGAAGUUGCACUGUCCAAGCAACUGCCUCACCUGUAAGUCAACAAGCACCACCUCAAGCAUCGACCAAUGGAUCAUCAUCGAAGCCAAAACGGGUUAUGGUCAUUGGAGGAGAUGGUUAUUGUGGCUGGGCCACCGCUCUCCACUUGUCCAACAAGAAUUACGAAGUUGCUAUUGUUGACAGCCUCGUAAGGCGUCUUUUCGACCACCAACUUGGUCUGGAUUCUUUGACACCUAUAGCUUCCAUCCACAACAGAAUCCGCCGCUGGAAAUCUUUGACAGGAAAAUCUAUCGAGCUAUACAUCGGGGACAUUUGUGAUUUUGAAUUCUUAUCUGAGGCUUUCAAGGCUUUUGAGCCCGAUGCUGUUGUCCACUUUGGGGAACAGCGAUCAGCCCCUUAUUCAAUGAUAGACCGUUCCAGGGCGAUUUUUACUCAGCACAACAACGUAAUUGGGACUCUUAAUGUCCUUUUUGCUAUUAAGGAGUACCACGAAGAGUGUCAUCUGGUAAAACUCGGGACAAUGGGCGAGUAUGGAACUCCAAAUAUCGACAUUGAAGAGGGUUAUAUAACAAUAACCCACAAUGGGAGAACCGAUACCUUACCAUAUCCCAAGCAAGCGAGCUCCUUUUAUCAUCUAAGCAAGGUUCAUGACUCUCACAACAUAGCUUUCACUUGCAAGGCAUGGGGCAUCAGGGCCACGGACCUCAACCAGGGUGUUGUCUAUGGAGUGAAAACCGAUGAGACAGAGAUGCAUGAGGAGCUACUUAACCGGUUUGACUAUGACGGUGUGUUUGGGACAGCGCUAAACCGGUUCUGUGUUCAGGCCGCUGUGGGUCACCCACUCACAGUAUAUGGCAAAGGUGGUCAGACAAGGGGCUACCUAGACAUAAGAGACACGGUUCAAUGUGUGGAGCUUGCCAUCGCUAAUCCGGCAAAACUUGGUGAAUUCAGGGUGUUCAACCAAUUCACUGAGCAAUUUUCGGUCAAUGAACUGGCUUCCCUCGUCACAAAGGCAGGCUCGAAACUUGGGCUUGAUGUGAAAACAAUAACAGUGCCAAACCCUAGAGUAGAGGCCGAAGAACAUUACUACAACGCGAAGCACACAAAGCUCAUGGAGUUGGGACUCCAGCCUCACUAUCUCUCGGAUUCCCUCUUAGAUUCAUUGCUCAAUUUUGCUGUUGAGUACAAGGAUCGGGUUGACGAAAAGCAGAUCAUGCCUAGUGUCUCCUGGAAGAAAAUCGGCGCCAAGCCAAAGACCGUUACCGUCUAAGUAUAGAUACUGAGAGUUGUUCAAAAGUCAUGUUAUAUGUAUGCCAUGUACCUUAAAGAGUGAAGAGGCUUUAUGUAGUUUGAGGAUUGAUGUAGAGAUGUUCAUGUGUAUGUGAACUUCAAAAAUAUGAGAUUGCAAUUAGUUCCUCUUAUGUUGGA